AUGGCAGGUAGAAACAUUUGGGGGUUGAAGCAGCUUUAUCGGCAUCUGCCAUGCAAAAGAAGAAACUUUGAAGCUAUUUUCAGGAGAUGUGCCUCAACCUCAUCACAAGUGCAUGAGAAUUGCAAGGUGUCCCUGCUGAAGAAAUUGAAUGCCAAGAUUCCUGAAGAGAGUGACAAUGUCUGCAUCUACCGAGUCCCUGCGAAAUUGCGUCAAGUAGAGGCAAAGGCGUAUGAUCCGAGCAUUGUAUCGAUCGGCCCUUAUCAUCGCGGAGAUCAGCACUUGAAAGAAAUGGAGGAGCUAAAGCUAAAAUUCUUCCACAGAGUUUUCAAGUCAAAACAAAAACAUGAAGUUGAAGUAGAGAGAGUGAUUUCGGCAAUGGAGGAACUAGAACCAAAGGCUAGGAGUUGUUAUGCAGACGAUGUUAAGCUGAGCAGAGACGAGUUUGUUGAGAUGAUGAUCAUCGAUGGCUGCUUUGUCCUGCAGCUCAUGAGGGAGGUCAGCGGCUGUUGUUCUUCUUCAUCCCUCGUUCAAAGGUGGAUGUUGCCAACCCUUCGCCGUGAUUUGAUCAAGCUCGAAAACCAGCUCCCGAUGUUAGUUCUACACAAAUUGUUCGAUUUGAUCGAUGACGGUUCUCAAUGUGAGUAUUCGACUCUUUCCCUACAGGACCUCGCUUUAAAGUUCUUCAAGCCAUUAUUGCAGAGGGACUCAAACAUGAAUGCUGCCGGUGCCACCACUAAGAUGAAUACUCUGAAGGAAGAAAUAAGGACCUGUCACUUUCUUGAUCUUUUCCGAUCCAGUAUUCUCCCGGAGAUACAGGAUCAGGACCGGAAAAGGCAAGCGCACAUGAUCCAAUCUAUAACUGAGUUGAAAGAAGCCGGUGUGAUGCUCAAGAAAUCAGAGUCUGACAGGGCAUUAGAUGUACGAUCCAAGGGGAAGGUCCUGACGAUCCCACCACUCCACAUAGACGAUCACAGAGGCACGUUGUUCCGCAACAUGGUGGCCUUCGAGCAAUGCCACAAGAAUUGCAAACCCGAUGCAACAGCAUAUCUGUUCUUCUUCAAUGGGCUCGUGAACUCGGCCAAUGAUGUGGAGAUUCUCCAUUACAAGGGCAUAGUCCACCACUCCCUUGGAAGUAACAAGGAGGCAGCGAAGUUGGUGAACAAGCUGUGUAAAGAAGUGGACUGGGAUGGAGAAGAGUCAUAUCUGCACAAAGUGGUGUGCGAUGACAUUGACGUCUACUUCAAGAGCACGCGCGCAAAGCUCAGAGCUCGCCUUGUUCAUUACUACUUCAGCAACUGGGUGGUUGGGAUUUCGACGGUGGCCGGAUUGUUCGCGCUUUAUCUGACAUUAAUCCAAACGGGUUGUGGAGUCGCUGGCACACUGAUGCCUCUGAAGGAGCAUAGCUUCUGGUGGUACCUAAGUGAUUCCUUUUCUCUGCUCUUCUCUCGUCCCUCAACCCCUCUACAAGAUUCAAAGGUUUCGAACCAGGAAUGA